GAAAUGGGCCGAGAGACGACGCAUUGGUCCAAACAUAAAUUCAGCACCACAAAAUAUUGCGGGAUUCUCCUGUUGUUCCAUUGAGCAGCCACCAACUCUCUGACGAAGACAUAGAUGGCGACGGAAUCUUGUGAUGCUAAGCCCCAGGUAAAGGCUACAUUGCGUCUUGGCUCGGAAUCAUAUUCUGUUGAGCCAAAAAAAGGUUCUUUAUCAGAGCAAUUGGUUUCACUGAAAGAGGAAAGCAUGACCAUAUUGAAGGAUUUCAUUACAAAGCAUAAUGUUCCUCAUGAUGUACCAGAUGAGUCAUUAGAAGCUUCUUCAGACGAUGAUGUUGAUGCUGAUGAUAUUCCGGAGAAGCCUCAAGCUAAGUCCAAGAAAACCAAGUUGACUUAGCUUCUGAAUCAUUUGUUGUACGUAACGUAAUGUAUGCUUUAACACCUACUCUGUUGAAAAUUUACGAUGUAGUUUUUGGUAACAGACUAAAACACGUACCGACUUUGUGUCUUCAGUUGUUCUUCUCUGCUUGUAUGGUUCUUUUUACAGCCGUGGUAUAGUUGGAACCUUCAACGGUUUUAACUAACGGUUGGAAAUGUGUUAUGCCCCACGCAUAAAGUAAUGUGAGAGAAAAGAUUAACAAUAUAUA